AUGUACCAAGAGCACUAUGAUGCUCUCUUCUCCAUGGACUUCAUGGACACCAAGUACCCACAUGUUGACACCAUGAAGGCCCUUGGAAUCUUUGAAGAUGUGGAGUUGGUCCUCAAGAACAUGCACUUGGCCAAGCUCUUCUCUACCACAUGGAAUCCUACAAGGAGCUCACUUGCGAGUUCUAGCUUCAAUGAGGGAGAGAAGAGAAUGGUGACCUUUAGGCAGCUGGAGAUCUUGUUUGGGUUCAACUAUGGAGAGGGAACCAAGUGGAACUUCAAGGAAAAGGAACUCCAAAGGGUUUGGGCUACAAUCGCUGAUGGAGUGUACUCUUCCUCAAGGUCCAAGGCAGCUCAGAUCAGGAGCCCAGUCUUGAGAUAUGUGCACAAGGCACUUGCCAACACCUUCUUUGCAAGGAAGGCGACCGGGACAAUCAACGAGGGGGAACUCAAGUUUCUUGACAUGGGAAUCAAGCCCUUCUCUCACGCACAAGCGAUGGCAAGAGGAUAA